AUGCUUCUUCGAUUAGAAUUGCUACUCUCCCUUGUUUCAUUAAGCUCGGCAUUCUUAUGGGAGCUCCUCGGUGGCAUAGGAGGUGGCCUGGGCGGCGGUGGUGGUUAUGCUCCUCCACCUCCACCUAUGUACCCUCCACCACCACCUCCCUGUCAAGCACCACCACCCUAUUAUCCACCUCCACAACCAAUGCCUCCUCCUCCUCCUCCGAAGUAUUAUCCUCCACCUCCACAGUAUUCUGCUCCACAACCUAUGCCAUAUGCUGAGCCUCCACCACCACCACCACCACAGUACGCUGCUCCUCAACCUGUUUCCUAUGCUGAGUCUCCUCCACCCUAUCUUACUGCUGGUAGUUAUAAAAAACGUCAUAGAACCAAGCGGUCUGCAGAGCUAAUUGGAACUAGCAGCGAUAUACAGUGCAACAGUAAAGAGCUUGAGAAAGUCAUGAAGAAGGUAAUGACCGAAGAUGAGACUGAAUCGCGGACGAACUUGAACGAUGCUCUUCGAGGGAGGGGCACACCUAUGGCAGUGUUCUGUACAUCGAGUCCUUUCACGUUCACUUUAUCACAAGUUACCGAAUUCUGUGUUGUAGAGGAUGUCAGAGUUACGUGUUAUGUCUUCUCCUUCUAG